AUGAACUACUCGUUACAGACCUAUAUCCAUCCAUAUGGAUUAUCGGAUACACCCCUUCGUGGAUAUUUUGGAAUGUCCGUGAUAUGGCCCGUGCAGGAUCAUAAAAACGACAACAUAUCAUCCAUAGACAUGUUUCCGCUUCUCCAGCAGCACGCUUUCCAAGAUCCUUUUUUCCCAUUCCUUCUCAAGAGAAACAAAGGUAAGCUCCCCUCGGCCGGCUUCAGAGCUCACGCGACAGCCUAA